AUGUCGGUGCAGGUGGCAGCCCCCGCCGUGGAGCUGAAGGAGCUGAGCGGCCCCAUGGAUAAGGCGGCGGGGCCGCCGUGUGAGCCGGUGGCCGCUCACCCUCCCGGGCACAGCGUGGCCGCGGCCCCCUGCCCGCUGCCGGCCGCCGAGCGUGAGGCGGCCCCGGCCCCGGCCCCGGCCCCGGCCCCGGCGUCCUCCUCCUGCGGCGGCGAGCGGCCUCCGCUGAGCGGCUGCCCCGGGCUGUCCGCCGCCGCCGGGCUGCCGCCGGGCGCCGUCAAGGUGCCUCAGGCUUCGGCCAUGAAGCGGAGCGACCCGCACCACCCCCAGCACCGGCACCGCGACGGCGGCGACAGCGGCGGCGGCGCCGCGGCCGAGGCGCUCGUCAGCCCCGACGGCACCGUCACAGAGGCGCCGCGCACCGUCAAGAAGAUCCAGUUUGCUGACCAAAAGCAAGAAUUCAACAAGCGCCCGACGAAGAUCGGCCGCCGUUCACUUUCCCGCUCCAUCUCGCAGUCCUCGACAGAUAGCUACAGCUCAGCUGCCUCCUACACAGACAGCUCUGAUGAUGAGACCUCCCCCCGAGACAAGCAGCAGAAGAACUCCAAAGGCAGCAGCGAUUUCUGUGUGAAAAACAUAAAGCAGGCAGAAUUUGGGCGCCGAGAGAUUGAAAUUGCUGAACAAGAAAUGCCUGCGCUGAUGGCUUUGAGGAAGAGAGCUCAGGGAGAGAAGCCACUGGCCGGGGCCAAGAUCGUGGGCUGCACGCACAUUACAGCCCAGACAGCUGUCCUAAUGGAGACUCUUGGCGCGUUGGGUGCGCAGUGCCGAUGGGCUGCGUGCAACAUCUACUCUACUCUUAAUGAAGUGGCUGCUGCCCUUGCUGAGAGCGGUUUCCCCGUCUUCGCCUGGAAGGGAGAAUCCGAAGACGACUUCUGGUGGUGCAUCGAUCGCUGUGUCAAUGUUGAAGGAUGGCAGCCCAACAUGAUCUUGGAUGACGGAGGAGAUCUGACUCACUGGAUUUACAAGAAAUAUCCCAACAUGUUUAAGAAGAUCAAGGGGAUAGUAGAGGAGAGCGUGACUGGUGUCCACAGGUUGUACCAGUUGUCCAAAGCGGGGAAGCUCUGCGUCCCAGCCAUGAAUGUCAAUGACUCAGUCACAAAGCAGAAGUUUGACAACCUGUACUGCUGCAGAGAGUCCAUCCUAGACGGCCUUAAAAGGACAACAGACAUGAUGUUUGGAGGGAAGCAAGUAGUGGUUUGUGGCUACGGGGAGGUUGGAAAGGGCUGCUGUGCUGCCUUGAAGGCCAUGGGCUCCAUAGUGUAUGUGACGGAGAUCGAUCCGAUCUGUGCCCUCCAGGCGUGCAUGGAUGGAUUCCGGCUUGUGAAACUCAAUGAAGUCAUCAGACAAGUUGACAUCGUCAUCACCUGCACAGGCAACAAGAAUGUGGUGACCAGGGAACACCUGGAUCGGAUGAAGAACAGCUGCAUCGUCUGCAACAUGGGGCACUCCAACACCGAGAUCGAUGUGGCAAGCCUGCGUACACCCGAGCUGACCUGGGAGAGGGUGAGGUCCCAGGUGGACCAUGUCAUCUGGCCAGACGGGAAGAGAAUAGUCCUUCUGGCGGAGGGCCGCCUGCUGAACCUGAGCUGCUCCACCGUCCCCACCUUCGUCUUGUCCAUCACUGCCACCACGCAGGCUUUGGCUUUGAUAGAGCUCUACAACGCUCCCGAAGGCCGCUACAAGCAAGAUGUGUACUUGCUGCCUAAGAAAAUGGACGAGUACGUGGCAAGCCUUCACCUCCCCACGUUCGAUGCCCACCUGACAGAACUCACGGAUGAACAAGCAAAAUACCUGGGACUGAAUAAGAACGGACCUUUCAAACCAAACUACUACAGAUACUAAGUUCCUGCCGCCGUAUCCCGGAGAAUCGCGAGGAACAAGAACCCAAGUCUUUUCUCAACUACUGUACAGGAUGAAACAGCGCAAGCUUCCUAAGUUAGAGCCGGGCUUGCUCACAUAGUAGACAGUGUGUUUAGGUUAUUUAUUUAUUAAAUUAGAAUACUGUACAUGCGGCCUCUGCCACUGGUGUUCGUACUGCCGCGGGACUGGGAGACGGUGGAUUUCUUUCCGUUUGUUUCAUUUUUCUCCUUGGGUUGUUCUUUUUCGGGGCUGGGAGGAUGGGGGAGGUGAAGAAGAAGCUGGUGGAAUCGAAUCGCUGCGAUGUACUUGGAAUAGUUCGUUAUCACCGUUAAUCCGACGCGCACGACGGGAGAUCCGACUUCGAGGUCGCACGUUGCUUUUGGUGUCCUUCGCAUCCCAGCGCUUCUUCCAGCGGAGCAGGAUCCCGGCAGCCGUGAGAGCCGGCCAGAGGGCGGCCGGGUUUGCAUUUCUCAUGCCAUUUGACAACGCAGCUAAAAACCUCGUUUGCUCCAGGCGCUGCCGACCAGCCAGGUGCCGCCUUGGCAGCGAAGUGGUAAAUCUCGCCGGUGAUCGCUGGGGAAACCUCUCGUCAUUCUGCCGAACUGCCCGAGGGACGGUUCUGCCAGCGAGUCGGUGAACUUUGCCUUAGCACUGCUGAAAGCUGUAACGAAGGGUCCGGUCGUUAGCGUCAGCCAGGGAUAGCCCCUAGCGCGUGGUAGGAGCCGGAAGGUCAGAGCGGUGCCCGCUCGGAGGCAGACCCUAACGGACGUGGUGGCAGUGGGGUAGGACCCACCGCCGCUCCCUUCUUCGCAGCUCCGCAGUAUUUUCCCGCUGCUUACGUUACGAGUGCCAACCUCCUACGGUUCAACCAAAGUCAUAUUCCCGGUGGGGCCACAGGGCAGCCUGGUGCAUGCCUGCGCUGGUGGAAGAGCCUUGCAACCUCGCCGACAAAUGCUGCUCACGUCUCGGGGAGCUCUUCCAAACCCAAGCAGAGCUCGUCGGCCAUCCCGGCUGGGAGGACCCAUGUCCAUGUGAGGUCUUUCUCCAGCUGAAUUUCAGUCCUCGUUGGAAAUCUUUGAAGUUUUAUUUUCUAGUAGUAUUUGUAUGAUGAAAUCUGGAAAUCCCCUUUGAGUGUGAGAGACGUACGCCAGAGUAAUCCCCACCCUGAUUUUGUGCGCGGGGAAGAGUUUAGCAUCACUAAAACCCUUCAGUCACCUCAAAUCUUAAUGCAUCAGAGCCGAUGGAGAACAAAUUUGCCAUAGUUAACUUGUUUUAGCCCAGGAUGUCCCGCCUGAACACUGCGGACAGCACGGCACGCUCACCAAGGUGACUUUCCAAGUCUCCAUGUCUCAUCGGAGUCACUUCCAUGGUUCACAUGGAGAACGUGGUCUUUCUAAAAUAAAAUUGCCUGACCCCGUGAGUUCAAAAGCCUUUAUCCUGUGGUUGCUGCUUUGGCACCCGAGUCCCUCAUCAGCUACAGAUUCUUAUUUUGUCCUCGCGGACUUCUUUGCCGUCAUGAAAAAACUUUUGUGGCAGCUCGUUCACGCACAAGAAAGGAAAAAACGUGGAAUUACGAUCUCUGCCGCCAAGUAAUUCUCGCGGCUCUGGAUGCUGAGGUCUGAAGUCAGCUUGCCCACAAGCUGCUCGUCUUUGGAGCAAACGUUAUCGUGUGCUUGCUUAUUCCAAGUUUCUCUUUGGAAUUUCUCAAAGCCUAGAAGUAAGGCUUUGAGAAGACCUUGAGGAGACGUUAAGGCUUUGAGGAGACGUUAAGGCUUUGAGGAGACGUGUUAGUGCUUUGAGAAGACCUUGAGGAGACGUUAAGGCUUUGAGGAGACGUUAAGGCUUUGAGGAGACGUGUUAGUGCUUUGAGAAGACCUUGAGGAGACGUUUUAGCGCUUUGAGGAGACGUUUUAGCGCUUUGAGGAGACGUGUUAGUGCUUUGAGGAGACUUUGAGGAGACCUUAGGCCUUUGAGAAGACUUCAUCACAGACUGAUCACUAACCACAAACUCAAUCUCUACUCACUCAUUAAUUUUAUCCCGAUCCUGAGAUUUUUGGGAAGAGUCCCUUGAGCUAUUUGAAACGUCACGUUCGGGUCUUUCCCCGCGCUGGAUUACCUUGAUCUGCGUCAGCCAAUGAACCCCAGAGUUUCUCCUGUUCUCUGCAGAUGCGCAGCGUGAAAUCCUGCUCUCGGUCGAGGUGAAACGCGGUUGCGGGGUCACGUUGAGCAAAGCAGCUUUUGGAAAACGGGUGUCCCAACUGCAGCCGCUUCUGCCCCGGGAAAAUCCCUCUCCAUCCGCAUGACCCUUCGGUACAGCUCAUGCAGUCGCUUACCUCCCCCGUGUCCGUCGCUUGUGCAGCAUACGGUGGUGCUGUCCUCAUCCGUGAAUUCUUUCGUGCCGAUUUUUAAGCCCGUUUUAUCUUCCAGGUAGAUAGGAGAAAAAGAAAAACAAUUAAUAAUAUAAUCCCAACUGGCUUUUCCCACCUCGAUUUUUAAAGCUCUUCUCCAUGUCUUUCUGCUUCUUCUGUAAGCUUUUUUGCUUGCUUGGCAUUUUCCUAAUCAAUCUGGAAUCAUAUUCUGUGAUCAUCCCUAAAUUAAACGUGUAAUGGGUUGUUUUGGUUUUUUUUUUUUAAAUGUAACACAUUUUUAAAGAAUUAGGAAAAAGGAGAUUUAGGUAACACCAGCAAAAUUGUAUAAGGAAAUUAAUUCUGUUCUGAACUUUAGAAAUAAUGAGACAAAACCUGUCAUCAGCCUGCAGUGAGGAAACGAAAACUUUGCAAACGUAACAUUUUCAAAAGGAUGUUUUAAAUAUUAAUGUCUGAGUGAUUGUAUUAGAUCAGCAAUAAAGACUCUGUAAUCUCAAAACACAAAUAAAACAUUGGAA